CGGCCACGGGCGAGGCCUGGCACGGCACCGAUGGCGACUGUCUUCGGCGGCGUGGAGGGAGGGGGCACCCACUCCAGGGUGGUGCUGGUCUCCGGAGAUGGCCGGAUCCUGGCCGAGGUGGAGGGACCCUGCACGAACCAUUGGCUCAUCGGCUCCGAGAAGUGCCUGGAGAGGAUCGAGCGGAUGGUCCGUGAGGCCAAGAGCAAAGCUGGCAUCGACCCCCACAUCCCCCUCCGCUCGCUGGGGCUGUCCCUCAGCGGCGGUGACCAGAAGGAUGCCAUCGCCAAGCUGGUGGAGGAGCUGCGCCGGCGCUUCCCCGACCUCAGCCAGAGCUACUGCAUCACCACUGAUGCCGUUGGGGCCAUGGCCACCGCCACCGACCGCGGUGGCAUCGUCCUGAUCUCAGGUACUGGCUCCAACUGCAAACUCAUCAACCCCGACGGCUCAGAGACGGGCUGUGGUGGCUGGGGACACAUGAUGGGUGAUGAAGGCUCAGCAUACUGGAUCGCGCACCAGGCUGUGAAGAUGGUGUUCGACUGCAUGGACAACCUGGAGGUGCCACCCCACGAUGUCAGCUACAUCAAGCAGGCCAUGUUUGACUACUUCCAGGUCUCUGACAGGAUGGGCCUUCUGACACAUCUCUACCGCACCUUCGAGAAGUCCAAGUUUGCAGGAUUUUGCCAGAAGCUGGCGGAGGGUGCCCAGGCUGGGGACCCACUGUGCUGCCACAUCUUUGACAAAGCUGGCGAGGUCCUGGCUCGCCAUGUCGUUGCCGUGCUGCCCAAAAUUGACACGAGCCUGUUCCUGGGGGAGCUGGGGCUGCCCAUCAUCUGCGUGGGCUCUGUCUGGAACAGCUGGGAGAGGAUGCAGGCAGGGUUCAUCCGCAUCCUGGCACAGGCACGGGGGGAGGCCCCCAGCCACUUCUCCCGGUUCAGCCUCCUGAAGCUGAAGCGUUCCUCAGCACUGGGGGGGGCCCGCUUGGGCGCCAGGAGCAUCGACCAGGCUCUGCCCUUGGACUUCACCGGCAACGUGGAUGUCUUCUACACCCAUGUCUUCUAGUCAUAGCCCCCCCUCCGGGACAGAGAGACUCUCUGCAUGUGGCGGCGGGGGUUUGGACACACACGUUUUGUAAUUUUGCAAUAAAAAGGUUGCACUGCUCGAA